UUUAACAUGGAGCAAAGAUUCAUUAGUCUUCUAUUUGAAAAACAAAUUUGAUUUAUAAGUCCAUGCCAAAGUGGGCAUUGAUUCAUAAGUCUGCUGUAAAAAAUUUGUGCUUUUUUACUGAAACAUGAAGAGGAACAAGAGCAAUCAAGGGAGAAUGAACUGCAUCAACUUUAAGCCAAAGCCAUAUCUUCACAGUGACGUAAUAUUUCAAAUACUGGUCAGAGUUCCUGAAAAUCUUGCUCCUUAUAAGAAUGUCUGUAAACUUUGGAAAAACAUAAUUGAAAGUUCUGCAUUCUUGGAAGCUCGCUCCAAGUACUGGGAAUCCAAUAUAACAAUUUCCGUAGUCAAGUAUCCUGGCAAUAUCAAGACCUUUAAGGUGGAUGUGUUUGAUCCACAAGAGGCUAUUGCAGAUUUUGUGUACUUUCUGGCAAAAGAAACAAAGUUUUUAAGUAUUAAAGGUAUUGUCAAUGAUAUUGAAAUGCUCAUUGCUUGGAUUCUGAGAAACACAUAUAGAUACUCUGAAGACAUUGCCAAAGAAGAAAGGAAUUCCAUAGACAUAGUGGACUUUGAGGUGCAUCUACUUGACCCAGAAGAUGCUUUUAUUGCAUUCUUUUUCUUGGUAAAAGAACAAACUCAUUUUCUCAAGAGUAGAAAUGUUGAUGCCAAUGUUAAAAAUCUUGCAUGUCUGGUGAGAAAAUCAAUAGAAAAGGCUGUAGCAGGCUUAGUAUGACCUAGGUUGACAAACUAUUUAAUCUAUCUUGUUUUAUCAUCCUUAAACGAUAUAGAAUGAUCAUAUAUAUCUAAUAUUCUCAAAAUUAGAAAUAGGACAAGUUUUGUGUUAUAUUAUCCGAA